UUGUGACUAAUGCUGUGGAGAAAGAUGCACUUUGAAGAACUGAGGUUUCCUGUUUUGAGUCAAAUCAUCUCUAGUUCUCUAGUUCGAAGAAAACAGAGUGUGUGGAGUUUGCGGAAGCACAUCUGAGAUCUGACCACAAAAUGGAAUUUUUGUCUGUGAUCUGAAUACUGAGGGGGAGGCUGAGGCAGCAACUUGGUAUCCAGGGGCUUGGCCUGUUCGGCGGAGUGGGGUGAUGUUAGUGUUCUGCGACGUCUGAUUCAGACGUGUGGACCUGGGGCCACCGGGCAGAAGCUGGUGAUCCCUCUGGAUGUGAAACGAGCCUCUUUGGGAACCAGAGAACCAUGAAAUCCCCCUAACACCAUUCUCCGUACAAGGCAGAGUGCCACUUCAGUCUGAUUCGCGCCCCCUCCCCAAUGCUCCUCACCCUUCUAAAGCUUGGAUACCCCUCAGAGUCACUCAGGAAUGUCACACCCAGACCCCGCAGCAGGUGGAGAAGACAAGGGACAGCGUUCCCCACAACACGUGGCUGCAUAUUUUGGAAAGAACUUUCAGAAGAUACAUCACUUUGUACAGUGCAAGAAGGAACUCCGUAAAUCCUCAUAUCCUGGUCUCAUAGAAGGAGAAUUUACAAGUGCGAUGACUGGCUGCUAGGAUUUUUGCAACCUUGGUUAGCACUGUGUAUAACAAAGCAUGGUCAGGUGCAGCCUGUGGAGGGAUCUGUGGUCAAGGCAGGGUUAAGCUGGAACCAGGAUGAUGCUGAGAGGGCAGAUUGUGCUGUUUGUGUUAGUUUCCUUGUCCUGUACUGCUCAAGAAGGUAGAGGAGGAUAUGGGAUGAAUAUGUUUUCCAUCCAAACAUCACAACCGGAUCCCUGCUAUGAUGAGAACAGGAACCCAAGGAGGUGUAUUCCUGACUUUGUCAACUCAGCUUUUGGGAAAGAAGUGAAAGUAUCCAGUAGCUGUGGAAAGAACCCUGCUAGAUAUUGUGUGGUGACAGUGAAAGGGGAAGAUAGAUUCAGGAACUGUCACAUCUGCAAUGCCUCGGACCCUAAAAGAGCUCAUCCACCAUCCUUUUUAACUGAUCUCAACAACCCCCACAACCUCACCUGCUGGCAGUCCGAGAACUAUAUUCAGUACCCUCAGAAUGUCACCCUGACCCUAUCCCUAGGGAAAAAGUUUGAGGUGACCUAUGUGAGUCUCCAGUUUUGUUCUCCAAGACCAGAAUCAAUGGCCAUCUUCAAGUCUAUGGACUAUGGCAAGUCUUGGGUGCCAUUUCAGUUCUACUCAACCCAGUGUAGAAAGAUGUACAACAAACCCAACAAGGCAGUAAUCACUAAACAGAAUGAGCAGGAGGCUAUCUGCACAGACUCUCACACUGACAUGCACCCUCUCUCUGGUGGUUUGAUAGCCUUCAGCACCUUGGAUGGUAGACCUUCUGCUCAUGACUUUGACAACUCACCAGUCCUACAGGACUGGGUGACAGCCACGGACAUCAAGGUAGUAUUCAGCCGCCUCCAUACUUUUGGGGAUGAAAAUGAAGAUGACUCAGAAUUGGCCAGAGACUCUUACUUUUAUGCAGUUUCCGACCUUCAGGUUGGGGGUCGGUGCAAGUGCAACGGUCAUGCCUCUAGGUGUGUUAAGGACAGAGAUGACAAUCUAGUGUGUGACUGCAAGCACAACACCGCUGGACCCGAGUGUGACCGCUGUAAACCUUUCCACUAUGACAGACCUUGGCAGCGAGCGACAGCAAGAGAAGCCAAUGAGUGUGUGGCCUGUAACUGUAACCUGCAUGCCCGUCGCUGCCGUUUCAACAUGGAGCUGUUCAAGUUGUCAGGUCGGCGGAGCGGAGGGGUCUGCUUGAACUGCCGACAUAACACGGCUGGGCGCCACUGCCAUUACUGCAAGGAAGGUUAUUACCGGGACAUGACCAAGCCUAUUACGCACAGAAAGGCAUGCAAAGCCUGUGACUGCCAUCCGGUUGGUGCGGCCGGCAAAACCUGUAAUCAGACCACGGGACAGUGUCCUUGCAAAGAUGGUGUGACUGGCAUAACGUGCAACCGAUGUGCCAAGGGCUACCAACAAAGUCGCUCGCCCAUUGCCCCCUGCAUAAAGAUACCAGUGGCUCCUCCCACUACAGCAGCCAGCAGCACAGAGGAACCCGCAGAUUGUGAAACAUAUUGCAAGGCAUCAAAAGGGAAGCUAAAGAUCAACAUGAAAAAGUACUGUAAGAAAGACUAUGCGGUUCAGAUUCAUAUCCUAAAGGCUGAUAAAGCAGGAGACUGGUGGAAAUUCACAGUCAAUGUCAUCUCUGUGUAUAAACAAGGAACCAACCGCAUCCGCCGGGGGGACCAGAACCUUUGGAUCCGUUCCAAGGAUAUAGCCUGCAAGUGUCCCAAACUCAAGCCUAUGAAGAAGUACCUCCUCCUGGGGAAUGACGAGGAUUCACCUGACCAAAAUGGGGUGGUUGCUGACAAGACCAGCUUGGUUAUACAGUGGAGGGACACAUGGGCCAGAAGGCUGAGAAAGUUCCAACAGCGAGAAAAGAAAGGGAAGUGCAAGAAAGCCUAGAAGCAGACAAGACUGAGGGCCCUAAAAGGAGAAACCAGAAUUAUGUAGAAGAGUGAGGGAGGACCGUAAUUGCUGCUUGCUGUAGAGUCUGGAGCAGAUAGGAUUAUCCAUUUAGAUUUUUUUAUUUUAUUUUUAAAUAUUUUCCCAGAUGGAGGAUGGAAACUCGCUUUUCAAGGUUGGCGAUGGUAGAUCAAGCCGAGACAAAGAGGGAGGGUCACUUUUAAUUUUGGAACUGAUGCGUUUGCACCUAAUAUGUAGAGUUGAUUCACAGACACAAGCUCACGGGACAGAGAGAAGGAGGGGGUGGGCUGGGCUUGGGGGAAAGUUGUUGCAGAGAGAUUUAUGGCCAUACAAGCUGUGAAAUUUACACCUGUUCGGUAUCUCCUGCGUUGUGAGUCAUUCAUUGUUAAAGCAUUUCUCACGUUCUGCAUUUGAAGCCCUGUGGCUUCAUUUCCAUUGAGAUGGAAUGGGGACAGACAACCCCUUCCAGCAUUUUGGUAAACCCUAAACACCCUAAGGGUGGGGAUUAGUUGUUGGUAACCACACUGCAGCCAAGCAACAACAUAAGGGUUAACUCAACAUCAAUCCCCACACACUUUUACCUACCUUCCUAUGGGUGCUGACUGCUAGGUAUGAAAACCUAGAGGAGGAAAAAAGAAUAAUUUGUAAAACAGAAAAAAUGCAAAUCCUAACAUUUAAAGUAUGUAUAUCAUUGAAGUAACUUUUUUUGUUUUUUGAAAGGAAAAAAACAUUUUGUUGCGUUUUUGUAUAUGUUUAAAUAACGCCCUCCCCAUCACACGUUCACCCUGUACAUAACAAUGUAUGCAGGAUUGACAGUAUUAGCCAGUCAGCAGAGGGAAGGGCGCAUAGAUUAAACAUGUUAGCAGAGUUUAUAUAAAUAUAUAUAUACUGAUUUCAGAAAAUAUAUAUGGAGUUGCUGUAAUAUUGGUUUAGAAACAUAGAAGUCCAAGACGUGUACUUUUAUGGUUAAGUUUACCAUGCUUCUAAUUAGAAGAGUUUACUUUUGUGAAGACCCCAUUGGGCUUUAAUGCAUACUUCUAAUUGAAAUAAGCUGUACUUUUACUUAAUAGGUUAAAAACGUUUACUCCGAUAAUCCACUUAAUAAUUACGGUGUGUUUACCCAAUAUGCCUUAGUGGUGUUGCUAGCUCUUAGUGGACUGAUAGCCUGAAAAUUGCUGCCUACUCCACAAAUAGCCAACAGAUACUCUUUAAUGAUCAGGUGGUUAGUGUCUGGUGGGCUCCUAGUGUUAAUGAUUUAUAUAGAAAGGGGAAAUUAAUUAACAAGAUGGAAAAAACUUCACACGGACAUUAACUCCAGAUAUGAGAGAUCUCUGUUUAGUCUGCUGUGCAGAUGUCUUCUAGAAGAGAUGACAUGGUCCAUAAAAUGAAAAUCUGGAACUAAUCUCCACCUUGCCUGUGGGGCAAUCGCAUAGCAUGUCUGGUUCUACGAGAAUAACUUUGUUCUUUAUUGGUAACAAGCUCAUAACCAGGAUACGUGGCCUAUUCCAUUUUGCCCAACUAUGAGGUAUUUUCCCCAGGAUCUACUUUGUCCAGUUUACCAGGAUCUAAAGAGCUAAGUGAUUUGCUAAAUAAUUAUUUCAGAUUUGAUAGCCAUAUGAGAUGUAACACAAAAAUUGUGUCUUGCACCAAUAAAUAGUUGGUUUCUGUGAUUCAAGUUAUUAACAAAACAAGAAUAUUAACCCGAAUAGUAUUAAAGUAAUUCUUAAAAGAACAAUGAUUCAGAUUCUUGUUCCAUCAAACAAAUCAGGGUUUUUCAAUUGAAAUCCUCAAGUACCCCUAACAGGUCAUGUUUUCAGGAUUUCUGUCUGUGAUAACAAGUGGGCAAAUUAUUGACCUGCAAAUCAGAUUAACUCACCUACUCUAUGCAUGGUUAAUUACUGUAAAUCCUAAAAACAUGACCAUGAGGAUUGGAGAACAGAUCCCCUAACACAAAAAUGUAUAGAGUUAAAACUGUGGCAAAGAUGAAAAACUAAGGGGUAUAUUUACUAAAGUUCAGGUUUACAAAAGUGGAGGUGUUGCCCAUAGCAACCAAUCAGACUCUGACUAUUAUCUUCUAAAAGGUGUUAGAUAAAUGAUAAGUAAAAUGUGAUUGGUUACUGUGGGCAACAGCUCCACAUUUAAAAACCUGCAAUUUAGUAAAUUUACCCUUAGGCAUUGAAGGACCCAUUGGAGGCAGCCAUUUUGAACACCUCCCAACUGCUUCAGAUUUAGGCUGGACAGUACCAUCUUGUUGGACUGUUGGCAAUAAGCUAUUUUACAGGAGCAAUAGAGGCAGGUGUUAAGGCAAUAUACAGUAUGGAGCGCUACUAAAUGAUACACAUAGGGGUUAUAUGAAGUAAAUUAGAUAGAGGUCUACAGCCUAAAUAUAACCAGCUACUAAAAUAUCUCUGUUCUAUAUUUCCUUUUAAUGUGUUAAUAGAAGAAAUGAAAUCCCUUUCAAAGCGGACAUCAGGGCAGAGUUAAUUGGAAUUUGUCUUGGCAAAGAGACAGGAUCUCAGUGUUUGGUGUGGCAGUGUCAGGAUGUGUGAUAGAUUUUGGAAUAACCUCCUGUACCUUCCAGGAUGUUUCAAAAACAUUGAGCAAUUAAAGGAGCAUGAUCACAGAAAUUACAGUUCACAUAACCUUCAAUAUUCACUUAUAACAAGAAUGUAUCUAGCGCGACAUGACAGCUGGUUACCUGAGGUAGAAGCUUCAUCUCUUCCUUGGGGGUCAGGGCAGAGGUCCUCUUACAGUAAUAGGUGUCUGCAUGUCCUGGAAAUGACUCUUCAGUAACUUUCCUGGACUCCUGAUCCUCUAUUUGCUCAGUUAAUUUGAGGGGAUUACCCUGUGGUGCAUCCGCUCUGUUUGAGGUCAGAAGUUAAACACCACGCCAGGCUUUCAGAGGUCUACAAGUAACACAUUGACUUAUGGUUUCAGUAAGUUUCUGCAUUUAUUGAAAUUAUUACAAAGUUUUUUUUAUGGUUGUUUUUUUUCUUUUACCUGCGGUGUUAAAUCUUGUUAACCAAUUAUUUCACAGAUGGAAUUCACCAGUUACUCUCAAACUUCUUUUGAGUAGUCAAUAAAAAUACUUAAGUUGA